CUUCUUCAAAUCAAACCUCGUCCUCACAAAUGUCUUGUAAUCAUCUUCUCUUAUCUUUCUCUCCUUCUGAUUCCUUCUUAUAAUCCAUCCCUUGAAAUUCUCUCCCAGUUUCGUUUCAUUUUUCCUCUGCAAUGGCGACUACUUUGAAUGCUGCUGUCUCUCUCACAUCUUCAAAAUCUUCCUCUCUUCCAGCUACAAGCUGUGCCAUUGCUCCUGAAAGGGUCAGGUUUGGUAAGGGUGCUUUUUACUACAAAAGCACCAAUGUAGUGACAAGCAGAAGACUGGUUUCGGUAAGAGCUGAGGUCACAACAGAUACUCCUCCUGUGAAGAAAGUAGAGAAAGAGUCUAAGAAGAACGAGGAAGGUGUGAUCACUAACAAAUACAGACCAAAAGAGCCUUACACCGGCAAAGUCCUUCUCAACACCAAGAUCACAGCUGAUGAUGCCCCUGGAGAGACUUGGCACAUGGUUUUCAGCCAUCAAGGUGAAAUACCGUACAGAGAAGGACAAUCUGUUGGUGUGCUUGCGGAUGGAAUUGACAAGAAUGGAAAGCCUCACAAGGUCAGGCUUUACUCUAUUGCAAGCAGCGCUCUUGGAGAUCUUGGCAACUCUGAAACCGUUUCUUUGUGCGUGAAAAGGCUUGUUUAUACUAAUGACGCAGGAGAGGUUGUUAAAGGAGUUUGCUCAAACUUCUUGUGUGACUUGAAACCAGGGAGUGAUGUUAAGCUCACUGGUCCUGUAGGGAAAGAAAUGCUUAUGCCAAAGGAUCCAAACGCCACUGUUAUUAUGCUUGCCACAGGGACAGGAAUAGCUCCUUUCAGGUCUUUCUUGUGGAAGAUGUUCUUCGAGAAACAUGAUGACUACAAGUUUAAUGGCUUAGCUUGGCUGUUCUUGGGUGUACCAACCACUAGCUCAUUGCUCUACACAGAGGAGUUUGAUAAGAUGAAAGCAAAGGCACCUGAGAAUUUCAGGGUUGAUUACGCAAUAAGCAGAGAACAAGCCAACGAUAAAGGAGAGAAAAUGUACAUCCAAACCAGAAUGGCACAGUACGCACCUGAGUUAUGGGAGUUGUUGAAGAAAGACAACACGUUUGUGUACAUGUGUGGGCUUAAGGGCAUGGAGAAAGGAAUUGAUGACAUUAUGGUCUCAUUAGCUGCUAAUGACGGGAUUGACUGGUUUGAUUAUAAGAAGCAGUUGAAGAAGGCAGAGCAAUGGAACGUUGAAGUCUACUGAUUUAACAUUUGGUUGCAAGUAUAGUGGAACUAAAAGUGUAAUUUUCGCAUCUAAGUUUCUGUAAUCUAAAGAUAAGCUAUGUUUUAGAUAUAUCUAUUAUACU